ACUAAAGGCGCCCCAACUGAUUGAAGUCCCAAAACUUGUGUUUAACCGCAUCAUGCAUAAUCGAUGAUCAAGGGUUGUGAAGGUGUGGAGUGGACUAAGGCACAAAUUAUGAUGGGUAUGGUUAUGUUUUUCUUGAAAUGCGUGUUGAGUAAAGACAACAUCUAUUAUAAAUACAUUCAUUCAUACAAUCACGUGUAACUUGUCACCAAAUUUGGAUCAUCUAUAAAUCUCUCUUCUUCUGCCAUCAGAUUGUUAAAGUUGUUCUGAAACAAGAAUUUCUGUGGGAGAAAGAAAGAGAGAUUUAUUGUAAUACUGCUGUGUUAUCACCAUUCCCAGUACCUACUUAUCAUUUAAUGGGAGAAAUUCAAGAAGUGCAACUCCAAAUCAAAUGUCAAGAAUCAAAAGAGGUAUCGGCAAAAAGUGGUAGUGAUGACCCAGCAUCUGCGUCGACCAUGAAAGGCAGCAAACGCUAUAAUCGGUGGCUCAGGGUGACGCUUUAUGGGUUUCUGCUUAUAUCUGGUCAAUCAGUAGCCACUCUUUUAGGUGAGUUAUACUAUGAUAAAGGCGGGAAUAGCAAAUGGAUGGCGACAUUGGUACAAUCAGCUGGGUUUCCUGUGCUGUUUAUCCCGCUGAUUGUUGUCAAGAUAUACUUGACACCGCCAAUCAGUUCUACCACCACCUCAACCACCACCAAACCCUCAGCAUCCGUAUCGACAUUAGCACUCCUUUACAUCUCGCUUGGAGUGCUAAUAGCGGGAAACGGCAUGUUGUACUCCUAUGGGCUCUUAUAUCUUCCGGUGUCUACAUACUCUCUAUUAUGUGCAACUCAAUUAGUUUUUAAUGCAAUAUUCUCCUUCUUUAUCAACUCACAGAAAUUCACAGCUUUCAUAUUCAAUUCUUUGAUUCUCCUCACCAUGUCAGUGGUGCUUCUAUCUAUCGAUCCCGAUGGCUCUUCAAAGUCAACAACAAUUCCUCAAGGUAAAUACGUUAUUGGAUUCAUAUGCACACUUAGUGCCUCGGCCGGUUACUCCUUGUUACUUUCUCUGACACAACUCAGCUUUGAGAAAGUGAUAAAAAAUGAAACCAUCUAUGCCGUACUAGAAAUGUCAAUCUCUACAUCGGUCGUAUCUACUUGUACUUGUUUAGUCGGAUUAUUUGCUAGUGGAGAUUGGAGGCGAUUGAAGAACGAGAUUAACGAUUAUGGAGAAGGUGGUGUUUCGUAUGUGAUGACUUUGGUGUGGAUAGCAGUAACUUGGCAAGUAUCAUCUGUUGGUAUACUUGGGUUAGUAUUUGAAGCAUCUUCACUCUUUUCCAAUGUCAUUAGCACAUUAGGCUCACCUAUUGUUCCCAUUUUUUCUGUGAUAUUUUUUCAUGACAAAUUGGAUGGGGUAAAGAUAGUGGCAAUGUUGUUAUCUCUUUGGGGUUUCGUUUCUUAUAUCUAUCAGCAUUAUCUUGAUGACUGUAAGGCAAAAGAAACAACGACAGUUGAUGAUCAAAAUGAAGAGAAAUGCUAAAUCAUCUGAAUUGUCACCCUUUUCCAUUGAUUAGUACC